UAAAGAAUAAUAAGUUAAAUGUAAAAAUAAGAUAAAUGAAUCCGAAUAAAAAAUUUCAAAAUAAAAAGAAAUAAACUGCUUCACACACAAAAGCGAACCCAAAUCAGUCAGGUCCGUACCGAGCCCAAAGUUCCAAAUUCCAAUGGCUGCUGCUGCGAAGGAAGAGCAAAAAGGCGAGCUCGCCGAGUCUAUCAACGAUCUCUUCGGUAGCGUCUCCGCCAUGGUCAAAUCGGAGCUCCAGGGAUCGACCAACCACCUCGAUCUCCUCGAAAAGAUGAACCUGCGAGUCGCCGAAGAGUACAAGGGAUUCGGCGACGUGGCGGCGGGGCUGAGCGUGUUCGUGGAGCAGCUCAAGGCCAAAAGCGGCAGCUUCGAGGAGUACGUGAAGCAGAUCGACGUCAUCGAGCAGCAGGUGACGGAGUUCGAGGCCGUGAUUUCGGUGCUCGACAGAUACGUGUCCAUGUUGGAGUCCAAAGUCCAAUCUGUUCAUCAGAAUCCUCCGCCUUCCUGAAUUCGAAAGUGUCUCUGAAAAUUGUUCUUUUGAUUUGUUUGAAUUUUGUGGCAUUGUGUACAUUUUGAAACGAGGUUUCCCCAAAAAACUUCGGAAUUUGAGAUUGCUUUAGGUUGGUUGAAAGUACUUCUGCUAAAAAUGCUUUUACUAGAAGCACAAUAAAGUUUUUAUCUUAAAUCUGAA